AUGGUUGGAUGUCGAUGAAGUUAAUAUUAAUAUGCUUAAAUCGCUAUAUUGCUCUGUUGCCAGAAUCCUUGCUGUGCAUAGUGGUGGUAAAGAGGCUCUUACAGCUGACUCUGAUGUAACAUCUGUCAGAUUAGUUAACAGUGCGAUAGGGACUGUUAUAGAUAUUCUUUUUGCAGAAAAUCAAGGACCUUCUUCACUUCCCAUUGCUAUACUCAUUGCAUUUGAUAACUAUAGUAGCCCUUCGAUUGAAACUCCAAUAGGGAUUAAUAUUGUACCAAUUCCACCUAUCAGGCACACUUGGAAAGGCAAAUCUGGCUCAUGCUCAUGUCAACAAAUUCCUAUCUUCCUUGCAUGGGCUAUUACAGUUCACAAGAGCCAAAGGCUCACUCUGCCAAAAGCU